UGCAAUGAUCCUAAAAUGUGAUGACAGAAAUAUUCUCCCAUGUUGGGUCUGUAAUAUGAACUGCACAAGUCAAACAGUGUCACUUUUAAGCAUCAGGUAAUGCAUCUAUUGUACACUGAAUGCUGGUUAGAGCUGCAGUGUGGCCUUAUUCAGUCACAUAACGAUCAUACUUUUCCUCUUGGAGACGGCAGCACCGACAAACACUAACACUUUGAAGACAGAUGCCUGCUUUUUGGGGUCACAACACUGCAGUGUGUCAGUGCUUUAAUGGCAAUGGGUAUCAUUUUUCACUCGAUUAAGUGGCAGAAACACAGAAAAACCUUCUGUGCUGCUACCAUGAACUGUGCCAUAUAAAAACACACCCCAUGAAAAAAAAGACUGAAGACAAGAUGGUUGUUCUGUUUGUUGCUACUUACAUCAAGUCUCAUGAUAAACUGCUUCUGCUUCUGCAGCUGCACUUCGCCACAAAGACUUUGGCUGUGUGUGGUGUUGAACUGAGCUGUGCUGAACGUGUGUUCAACCUUUUCUACAGGAGACAUUAGAAAAGCACCAAGAGUGUCUAAAGAAGCAAAAGGAAGCAGUGAAAUACAGACUGAAAAAACUGGCAGCACGGCAAUCAGAAAUCACAAAAAAGUCCUCGGGGAUAAGGGAGAAUAUCAUACGGAAAUAUCAGGAGAUCCAGGCCAUCCUGGACGAGGACCUGAGGAUUACCUUGUCCCACCUGGAGAUGGAGGAGCGUGCUGCAGUCUCUGCCCUGGAUGGGCUGAUGGAAAAAAACUGUGCUCUAAUCCAAGAGAUAGAGCAGGACCUGUCCAGACUCACUGUAACACUAGACCAGACGGACACAGAGCCUGAUACAAUGUCUUUCUUUUCGUUCCCUGAGCAUGGAGACAUGGAGACAACAGACAGAGUGGUGGACCUGCUAAACAGGACAGACCCGAUCAGUGUGAGCCUGGAUGAAGUUAAAGCUGACCAGAUCCUCAACCUCACCAACAACAUGCUUCUGCUUAUCCGCUCACAGACCCCUAUAAUCAAGAAUCUCAUCAAGAGUUAUUCCAGUGAGGUGCGUCUGGAUCCAGAGACGGCCCACCCAAAGCUGAUCAUCUCCCCCAAAGGUGACAGUGCCACCUACACAAACACCUGGCAGCAACUUCCUGACCUUCCUGGACGAUUUGACACGACCCUCAAUGUCAUCAGCUUACAAGGCUACAGCUUUGGUCGCCAUUAUUGGGAAAUUGAUGUAACUGGGAAGACUUACUGGGAGCUGGGUGUCACAUAUCCCACCAUUCCCCGCAAGGGCACCACUGAGGAUUGCUGGCUGGGUCGGGGGGACGAGUCUUGGUGUGUGGAGUUCUUUGAUGGGGAGUAUACAGCCUGGCAUGGAGGGGUGCCCCAUCAGCUGCCUUUUACAAAACGCUUCUGUCGGAUUGGUGUGUUUUGUAAUUUCCCUGCAGGUUUAGUGACGUUUAUCGAGGCAGAAAACAUGACACAGCUGUUCUCCUUCUGUGCAGGAACCUUCUCAGACUGCCUCCACCUGGCCCUCUGUCCUGGUCACGAUCACAAGGGCACAAAUUCUAAGCCUAUUGUAAUCUGUAAUACUCCAUCUCCUACCAGUGAUCUUGGAUUAGUAGCUCCACAGAAAAGCUUUUAGUAAUUAGUUGCUGGGGCACUACUUUCUAAUAACAUAGCACUUAUAAAGGUUUAAAGGAGUCCUAACUAAUGGCUUUAUUGAUAAUUAAUAAUUAAGUGUUUAAAGCCAUGGUAGUGGCAUAGUUAACGACGUUAACAACGCUAACAUGAUGUUAAACAGGUAGAAUGUUUACCAUGUUCACAAUGAGUUCAGCAUGUUAGCAUGAUAGAUAAUACGAUAUUCCUCAGGAUAAGCAAAAACUUUGACCUGAUUGUGACACUAGAGAAAAGGUCAGGGAAGACAUUAUAAUUCAUCCUCUGGGCACCAUGAAUAUCUGCACUAAAUUUCAUGAGAAUCCAUAGCUGUUUCUAUUUCUCUAAAAGUCAUCAUCCUCAUGGUCACACUAUAAAAAAAGUCAUGGGAUUACCAAAGUUAAGUGUAUUUAUUGGGCGAUCAUGAACAACGGCAAUAAACUUAAUUGGUGCAAAAGAACAAGUAAAACAUCAUACAUGUCAAACAAUGCAGAACAAAAAUAUAAGCAGCUAUAAGACAUGACCAAAACACAAGGUACGCACAGACUACUCCUUUAAACACAUCAAACAUAAAGCGCUCUCUCACACAGUUUCUACCGCCAGAGUCAAAAUACCACAUCCUAACUGAGCACAUACAGACCUCUGUGUUCUGGAUAGGUUAAGGGGGACAUUUUGUUUUCAUAAAUACCCUUAAUCAGAUCUGUUAAUGUUUUAUAGGUCUGUUAGAAUCAAAAGAAAAGCAGGAACAACUUUUUGCCAGGUUGUAAAAUAUAUCUGGCAUUCAUCCUUUCUAUUUACAUUUACAUUUUACAGGGAAUCCAUUUAAUGAAUGAUGGUGGUUUUCUUACUAAUAAUCCACCCAGUCAUCGAUCCACCUAGUCUGUUAAUAAUUAGAAGAAGGUAAACGAUCCAACAGUCUGAGAGUGUCUUCUUAGUGGAUCAAAGAGGAGGUUGAUGUGCAUAAAACAUUACUAUGUUCUUUAUUAACGAUUAAUAAAGCAAUUAGUUACAACUAUUAAGUCUUUGAUAAAGGCUGCUUUAUUACAAAGUGGUACCCUUGCGAAUUUUAGAUAACACAGAGGCACAAAUUUCUAGUAGGAAAAUAGUUACUUACAAGGAAUCAUGUUAAUAAUUGGUUAGUUAGUUAGUUAGUUAGUUAAUAAUAACACUACACAUCUCAUUCAGUGCCUGUAUAUGUGUACUGUAUUUUCAUGCAGCAGCAUCUCUGAGCUCAUUGAACUAAAAAAAAAGGACCAUUAAAACAAUGUUUUAAGCAUAUGGCAUAUAGUUUAGGUAUUCUCUAUUUGAUGACAAAGUUUUGUCAAAAAAGGUUUCAGUUUUACUUUGAAGUCAUAAAAGCUACUUAAACUGUUAUACAUAUGAUGUUAUUGAAACAUUUGACUGUGCAUACAAUCAUUCUAUACAUAUUACACUUUACUGAUUUUUUAAAUUUAUAAAGAGAUUUAAAAAAAAAAGAAGCACACAGUAGUGUAACCUUAUAUGGAUGUAUGUGGAUCCAAAGUCUACAUUCAAGCAAACAAGUGACUCUGCAAAUAUGCUCUCUGAGCCUUUGUGUUGUGAUGAUGUACCCCCAUCAACCAUCCAUUUUAAUGACUCUCAAUAGAAGAAAAUGUUUCAAGUUGACAGAUGUUGAAUAUAUUUGUUCAUAUUUUAUUUGUUUAUUAUUAUUAAGUGUUUGUUAACAGUGUUUUGCAUAUUAUUCCUGAAAUAAUAACUAUCCAAGAGCACAGUUAAAAUCAAUAAAACUGAUUCAGCAACAUGGGUGGAUGCCAAACACCCCCCCGGUGAAUCAAAGGUUAGUGUACUUAACACA